GCGAAACAUGGCCACCGACGGCACGCGGGCCUCAUGGACGACAGAGAGAGACGAGUUCUUGGUCACUUCUUUGCAAGCCCAGGUGCUCAAGGGCAAGCGCUCGGACUCAGGCUUCAAGAAAGAAGCAUGGGUGGAGGUCACUGCCUCCUUCAACGAGCGCUUUGGCACGACGUACCACACGUCCAAGAUCAAGUCGCGGCUGGAUUGUAUGAAACGCGACUACAAGGACGUCAAGUAUCUGCGUGACAACUCUGGGUUUGGCUGGAAUGAUGCGUUGCAGCUGCCAACUGCACCUGACGAUGUAUGGCUGUCUGUCAUCAAGGCCAAUCCGAACUGCAAGAAGUUUCGUCUCGCACCGUUCCCCUUGUUCGAAAGCCUGGCGGUCCUUUUGGAAGGAUCUUAUGCAGAUGGGCGGUUUGCGAUUUGCCCCCCUGGCUUGCUCGGUGCGAAUGCUGCCGAAGCAAACGUCACAAGCCAAGUCAUUCAACCGACACCACAGCGCAUUCACCACCGUGCGUCCGACCAAGUUCAAGACGAUGAUGCCUCGGACUCAAGCUCGGACGCACUGACACCUCCACCAAAGAAGCAGAAGAAGCAGCUCAACAAGCGGGACCGACGCAGCGCCGGGGCGGUCAUUGGAGAUGCAAUCUCCAAGCUCGUCGAGGUCGAGGCAUCCAAGGCGACUCAAGCAACCGAUCCGCACGACCGGGUGACCCUGGCCAUCGACUGUUUGAUGGAACACUACAGCCACCUGGACGGCAUGGCGAUCGCUGCAUUGGCUGAUCUCAUGGGGCAAGGUUUCAACGCCACAAUCUUCAUGGCGCUUCGUGGGGAAGCUCGCGAUGCAUGGGUAUUGAAGAAUUCUAUGUAA